AACUCCUUCCUGGCCCAGGGCGUCCCGGCCUUUCUCCCCGCCCCCAUGCGGCCGGCCUCCGAGUGCGCAGGCCCAGACUCGGCCGCGUUGUUCGCCUCUGCGCAGGCGCUGUGCCCCUCCCACGGCGGUUGGCCAUAUAGAGGCUGGGGGUGGGGGGGAGGUCAAGCGUAGCCUCGUCUCCUUUACCAAGAUGGCGGCUUGUCCCUGUUUCGCCACAGUUCCUACCUUAUGAGCCUGGUUUUCUUACGCUAAUAAGAGUGGAACAGCAAAAGCUGGCGGCUGACAGGCGGCCCCAGGACCAGGACGGACUUUCUGGCUACUGACCAUUUUGCUGUGGCUUACCCGGUUGUGUGUGGGCGUGAGACCAACCAUGAGCUCCGUUGCAGUUUUGACCCAAGAGAGUUUUGCCGAACAUCGAAGUGGGCUGGUUCCGCAACAGAUCAAAGUUGCUACUUUAAAUUCAGAAGAGGAGAGCGACCCUCCAACCUACAAAGAUGCCUUCCCCCCACUUCCCGAGAAAGCAGCGUGCCUGGAAGGUGCCCAGGAACCUGCCGGAGCCUGGAGUAGCAAGAUCCGGCCCAUCAAGGCUUCUGUCAUCACUCAGGUGUUCCACGUGCCCCUGGAGGAGAGAAGAUACAAGGACAUGAACCAGUUUGGAGAAGGUGAACAAGCGAAGAUUUGCCUUGAGAUCAUGCAGAGAACCGGUGCUCACCUGGAGCUGUCGCUGGCCAAAGACCAGGGCCUUUCCAUCAUGGUCUCAGGGAAGCUGGACGCCGUCAUGAAGGCCCGGAAGGACAUUGUCGCCAGACUGCAGACACAGGCCUCAGCAACUGUUGCCAUUCCCAAAGAACACCAUCGCUUUGUUAUCGGCAAAAACGGAGAGAAACUUCAAGAUUUGGAGCUAAAAACUGCAACCAAAAUCCAGAUCCCACGGCCAGAUGACCCCAGCAAUCAGAUCAAGAUCACUGGCACCAAAGAGGGCAUUGAGAAAGCUCGCCAUGAAGUCCUGCUCAUCUCCGCCGAGCAGGACAAACGUGCUGUGGAGAGGCUGGAAGUGGAGAAAGCUUUCCACCCGUUCAUCGCGGGGCCCUACAAUAGGCUUGUUGGCGAGAUCAUGCAGGAGACCGGGACGCGCAUCAACAUCCCCCCGCCGAGCGUGAACCGGACCGAGAUCGUCUUCACGGGCGAGAAGGAGCAGCUGGCCCAGGCUGUGGCUCGCAUCAGGAAGAUCUACGAGGAAAAGAAAAAGAAGACCACGACUAUCGCAGUGGAGGUGAAGAAGUCGCAGCACAAGUACGUCAUCGGGCCCAAGGGCAACUCCCUGCAGGAGAUCCUGGAGAGAACUGGAGUUUCUGUCGAGAUCCCGCCCUCGGACAGCGUCUCCGAGACCGUGAUACUUCGGGGCGAGCCUGAGAAGCUGGGGCAGGCGCUGACGGAGGUCUAUGCCAAGGCCAACAGCUUCACGGUCUCCUCUGUCACUGCCCCUUCUUGGCUUCACCGUUUCAUCAUUGGCAAGAAAGGGCAGAACUUGGCCAAGAUCACUCAGCAGAUGCCCAAGGUCCACAUUGAGUUCACAGAAGGCGAGGACAAGAUCACCCUGGAAGGCCCCACCGAGGACGUAAAUGUAGCCCAGGAACAGAUCGAAGUCAUGGUCAAAGAUCUGAUUAACCGGAUGGAUUACGUGGAGAUCAACAUUGACCACAAGUUCCACAGACACCUCAUUGGGAAGAGUGGAGCCAACAUAAACAGAAUCAAAGACCAGUACAAGGUGUCUGUGCGCAUCCCUCCCGACAGCGAGAAGAGCAACCUGAUCCGCAUCGAGGGGGACCCCCAGGGCGUGCAGCAGGCGAAGCGGGAGCUGCUGGAGCUGGCAUCCCGCAUGGAAAAUGAGCGUACCAAGGAUCUAAUCAUUGAGCAGAGAUUUCAUCGCACAAUCAUUGGGCAGAAGGGUGAACGGAUCCGUGAAAUUCGUGACAAAUUUCCAGAGGUUAUCAUCAACUUUCCAGACCCAGCACAAAAAAGUGAUAUCGUCCAACUCCGAGGGCCCAAGAAUGAGGUGGAAAAAUGCACAAAAUACAUGCAGAAGAUGGUGGCAGAUCUGGUGGAAAAUAGCUAUUCGAUUUCGGUUCCGAUCUUCAAGCAGUUUCACAAGAACAUCAUCGGGAAAGGCGGCGCCAACAUCAAGAAGAUUCGGGAAGAAAGCAACACCAAAAUCGACCUCCCCGCGGAGAACAGCAACUCGGAGACCAUCGUCAUCACCGGCAAGCGCGCCAACUGCGAAGCCGCCCGCAGCCGGAUCCUGUCCAUUCAGAAAGACCUGGCCAACAUCGCCGAGGUGGAGGUGUCCAUCCCUGCCAAGCUGCACAACUCCCUCAUCGGCACGAAAGGCCGUCUGAUCCGCUCCAUCAUGGAGGAGUGUGGCGGGGUCCACAUUCACUUCCCCGUGGAGGGUUCUGGAAGCGACACUGUUGUCAUCAGGGGCCCGUCCUCCGAUGUGGAGAAGGCCAAGAAGCAGUUGUUGCACCUGGCAGAGGAGAAGCAAACCAAGAGCUUCACCGUGGACAUGCGUGCCAAGCCCGAAUACCACAAAUUCCUCAUCGGCAAAGGGGGUGGCAAAAUUCGCAAGGUGCGUGACAGCACCGGAGCCCGAAUCAUCUUCCCGGCAGCCGAGGACAAGGACCAGGAUCUGAUCACCAUCGUGGGGAAGGAGGACGCCGUGCGGGAGGCGCAGAGGGAGCUGGAGGCGCUGAUCCAGAACCUGGACAAUGUGGUUGAAGACCACAUGCUGGUGGACCCCAGGCACCACCGCCACUUUGUCAUCCGGAGAGGCCAGGUCCUACGGGAGAUUGCGGAGGAGUACGGCGGGGUGAUGGUCAGCUUCCCGCGCUCUGGCACACAGAGUGACAAAGUCACCCUCAAGGGUGCCAAGGACUGUGUAGAGGCGGCCAAGAAACGCAUUCAGGAGAUCAUCGAGGACCUGGAAGCUCAGGUGGUGAUAGAAUGUGCUAUACCCCAGAAGUUCCAUCGAUCUGUCAUGGGCCCCAAAGGUUCCAGAAUCCAGCAGAUUACCCGGGAUUUCAACGUUCAGAUUAAAUUCCCAGACAGAGAGGAGAACCCAGGGCACAGCGUGGAGCCGGCAGUCCAGGAGAACGGGGACGAUGCUGGGGACGGGAGAGAGGCCAAGGAGGCCGACCCUGGCUCUCCAAGGAGAUGCGACAUCAUCGUCAUCUCUGGCCGGAAAGAAAAGUGUGAGGCUGCCAAGGAAGCCCUGGAGGCACUGGUUCCUGUCACCAUCGAAGUGGAAGUGCCCUUUGACCUCCACCGAUACGUCAUCGGGCAGAAGGGAAGCGGGAUCCGCAAGAUGAUGGAUGAGUUCGAGGUGAACAUCCACGUCCCCGCGCCCGAGCUGCAGUCUGACGUCAUUGCCAUCACGGGCCUCGCUGCGAAUUUGGACCGGGCCAAGGCCGGGCUGCUGGAGCGUGUGAAGGAGCUGCAGGCGGAGCAGGAGGACCGGGCUUUGAGGAGUUUUAAGCUAAGCGUCACUGUGGACCCCAAAUACCAUCCCAAAAUCAUUGGCAGAAAGGGGGCAGUGAUCACCCAAAUCCGCCUGGAACAUGAUGUGAACAUCCAGUUUCCUGAUAAGGACGAUGGCAGCCAGCCCCAGGACCAAAUUACCAUCACGGGGUACGAGAAGAACACAGAAGCUGCCCGGGACGCCAUCCUGAGAAUCGUGGGUGAGCUUGAGCAGAUGGUUUCGGAGGACGUUUCGCUGGACCACCGUGUCCACGCCCGCAUCAUCGGUGCCCGCGGCAAAGCCAUUCGCAAAAUCAUGGAUGAGUUCAAGGUGGACAUCCGCUUCCCGCAGAGCGGAGCCCCGGACCCCAACUGCGUCACUGUGACCGGGCUCCCGGAGAACGUGGAGGAGGCCAUCGACCACGUCCUCAACCUGGAGGAGGAAUACCUGGCCGACGUGGUGGACAGCGAGGCGCUGCAGGUCUACAUGAAGCCCCCAGCACACGAGGAGUCCAAGGCGCCGUCCAAAGGCUUCGUGGUGCGUGACGCUCCCUGGACCGCCAGCAGCAGCGACAAGGCUCCGGACAUGAGCAGCUCCGAGGAGUUUCCCAGCUUUGGGGCUCAAGUGGCCCCCAAGACCCUCCCUUGGGGCCCCAAACGAUAAUGACCAGCAGCCGAACUCUCCAGCCUGCUGACCUGAACAGCCACGCGACGGUUUGCCUGAACCCGACCCAGCGGCUGGAGCCUCCGCAAAUUGUCGACAUCUCCCCUCCCGAGGUCCCGCAGCGAAGCCGGGCGUGGCCGGCUCCGAGCGGCUUCUCCGGGCCGGCGGCCGCUCAGGGCCUCUCCCCGACACUGGGCUCCGGGCCUCCGCGUGUUAACACUAAGCAAAGGUAAUCGAGCGUCUCGUGCUGAGAUGACAGACUCCAGCUUCUGGUCCACCCGGCAUGUCAGUCACACUCUGACCUUCACUGCGAGAGCUCCGCAGCCGUGGCUAGGGGUCGACUUCCUGUGUCAUGACCUCAGGAAAUAAAUUUCCUUGACUUUAUAAAAGCCAAAA